AUGGUCAAUUGGACUUUCUGCGCUGCCCUUCUGAGCGUCGCCGGUGCGACCGUCGCGCCUGGCUUCCCUGUAAAGGGCGCGCCGGACCUCAAUGUCACUUGGGCAGACAACAACGUCAGCCCGCCCGGCGAGCUGCUGUCGCGAGCAGACACCGCACAGCCUCCCACACAAAUCUCCUCGCCCGUCUGGACACCGGGCGGCUACGCCAUCCUCAUGCUCGUCGACCUCGACGUCCCCCGCAACAACACCCGCGUCCAGCUCCUCCACUGGCUCACCGCAAACGUCACCAUGCCCUCGACCGACACACAGACCCUCAAGCUCGCCGACUCCUCCCUCGAUCUCGCCCCAUACCGCCGCCCGAGUCCCCCGCUGAACGACACAGCGCACAAGUACACUCUCCUCCUCUUUGAGCAGCCAGAGAACUUCACCGUGCCCGCGAGAUACAGGUCGUUGUUGGAAAGCAGGGUGGGCUGGGAUGCCGCCGGUUUCGUGAAUGCGACGGGACUGGGGAGCGCCUUGGCAGCGAAUUGGAUCAGAGUGCAAAAUACAGGCAACGAGACUGGCAAUGCUACUGCUAGUGCCUCCCCGACGGCGAGUUCGUCACCUACUUCCACGCCGACAGAUUACUCGGGUAAGGCGGGUGCCAUCACGCCGAGCGCGUGGUUAGGCACCGCUGUGGUGGCGGCGUUGAUGGCAGUCAUGUUGUAG